AUGCCCAGAAAGCCGUGCUACUGGACGCGCAGACUUGAAUUACAGUUAGUUGAAUUCGUCCGCCAAAAAGAAUUUAUUUGGAAGCCUAUCGGUAACACAAAUCAUCAUAUUCAGCAAAAAUAUAAAGCCUAUGCUGAGUUCGCAUCAAUACUAGGGCCUGGGUUUACAGCUAGAUCUGUAAGGGAUCGUUGGGUGAACAUCAGAAGCACUUUCAAUCACAAUCUACGAAAAGUUCUAAAGUCUCAGGAAACAGCAAAAUGUCCCGAAGAAGUGUACACUCCUUGCUGGCCACUAUGGAAGCCCCUUCAAUUUCUUAAAGACCCUUCUAAAAGUGAAGACAGCUUUUAUGAGGAAUAUUCAGCUAUUGAAAGCAGCUUAAAACCAGAACCAAAUUUGAGUGAAACAUUAAUUAGUAUACGCCAAAGAGGACAGCAUAUUGAUAGACCCAAAAAGAAAACUAAAAAGAAAUUUAAACAAUGUAAAGACAUACUGGACAACUUAUUAAUUGCAAUGGCUCCAUUAAAGACAUCAUCAGAGGGCUCUAGUUAUUGGUAUUUUGGGCGUCACGUCACAGAGCGUUUGAAUGCUAUGAGAUCAAUUGACGCUAAAUGUGCAGGUCAAGAGAUUUUAAAACUCUUGGAAGGAAACGAAAAUAGCCAAUUGAAUUCAUUAGGAAGCUGA